AUGAGUGAAAAAUUGCCUCCAGGAACACUAUGUGCUGUAUGUGACGAUGUUGCUACUGGAAAACAUUACAGCGUAGCUUCAUGCAAUGGAUGCAAAACGUUUUUUCGUCGAGCAAUUGUAAAUCGCCGAGAGUUCGUAUGUCAAGGAAAUAAAGAUUGUGAUGUGAACAAAGGAGUUCGGUGCGCUUGUCGUGCUUGUCGACUCCAGAAAUGUUUGGCCGUCGGAAUGGACACAAAUUCGAUUCAACGAGAUCGUGACAGAAUUGGUUACACAAAACGAAAGAGGAAGCAUGAUGAUGAUGACAAGGAAGAAACACACCAUUUUGAAAAUUUGCACAUGAGAGAUGGUUCUUCAGGAAGCCCCCAAAUGAAUGAUGACAGUCCUGAAAAUUGUGACAUGAAAGAUAUCAAAAUUGAUUUCAAUUGUCUCGAUCCUAUUGCUGAGCGUUUGACAACACUGGAGAAUAAUUUCACUCUUCUUUUAAGUAGAUGCGCCGACCUCCACUCGUACGCAACUUUAGAAGAUGCUCUGAAUGCCCCUAGCAGAUUUAUGCAACCGAUUUCAUGUGAAUGGUCUGAUUCCGUUGUUCUAACUCAUCGGGACGACAAAAUGCCGUUUUGGAGGCAGCGUCUCAUCGCAUUGUACAUCGAUUGGGCCAAAACAUUUUCAACAUUUAGAUCUCUUCCCUAUACUGAUAAGGUUGCCAUGGUUACGAAUCAUGCUUCCUCAUUUAUGAUCAUGUGUGAAGCUUUCCGUACACCUGAGCACGUCAAAUCGGAUGUUGUUCGCAAGAGGCCGGACUUACCCGGUCUUGUCCAUAAUAAUUCGGGAGGAUGCACUAGAGUGCAGAGUGCAGAGACUAAUGGAGAAGAAUCUCACGAUGACUUAACGAACAUGCUGCUCUCUCAGUGUAUACAGCAAUCUAUCAACAACGGAAUAAUGUUUGAUAAAUCUGCCGAAGAAAAAGUAAAGAUGCCCGUCCCUAUUAGGCAAGGGAAUGAAUUUAUACAAAUAAAACAAGAAAUAAUGGAUGUUCCAACCACAGAUGGCAUGAUUCAACUCCCAACUGAAUACGGAAUCUUACCCGCAGAUUACGGUACAUGGAUCCCUCAAGAUUACGGACAUCCUACUGCCGGCCACGAAGGGAAGUCUGAUAUGCACAAUUUUUUCGAAGCUAGAGAAUUUUGCCCACCGGGUCGUCCUUCAUCGUGUAACUUGAAUGAACGAGCUAUGAAGACGAUUUCCAUGGUGGAACCAAGACUGUUUCCAUCUAUCAGUUCAAGCAGCUCUAGUCUCUCUGGCAUCACUCCAGUUUUGACGAUGAUGAUAGAUCUUGUUAUGAAACCAUUCCGACAGCUGAAUUUUUCCACCACAGAAUUCGCUCUUCUCCAAGCUAUAAUGUUUUUCGAUCCUGAUACGGAAGGCCUAGAUUCUGCAUCACAAAGGAACGUCAUCGCGGAGCAGAAGAAACUCCUGGCAGUACUUUUUCGACAUCUUCAAAAAGCUUAUACGUUUGAUGCCGCUAAUGAGAGAUAUGCCUCAAUAAUUCUGCGAAUGCCUUCGAUUCGAAGAGCUGCUGCGAAAAAGAAUGAAUCAUUGCAAGUGUUGGACAUGCUUCAAUUACAUGAAAUGAAUUCUUUGGUGAAGGAAACGUCUCUUGGCCCACGACCGUCGACGGUUCAACAACGAAUGGGGAUCGGGGGAGGUGCUGGUGGAUGUCUCACUUUUUCUAGCGAGACAGCAGGAGAAGAUGUAUAA